AUGCUCGCGGGCCUUCUCGUCACUGUCUUUUGCGGCAGCAGUGUUCACUUGAGCAUGUCGAAGCCAGCCAUCGUGGAGGACCCUAAGCAGGUGCCAUCAAGUUCUAGAUCAAGCCUCGAGUUUACAUCUGAAGAGGUGGCGCGGCACAACAGUCAGACUGAUCUCUGGGGUGUCGUCGACGGCUACGUCCUUGACCUGACUGGCUUUGUAAACGACCACCCGGGUGGUCUAGACAAGAUCAUGCAGAUUCCUCGCGAGAGGAGCUUCUCCUUCGCUCGGGGGCCCAAUGCUCACUUUGGGGCCACCGCCUCGGCUUUUGCCGAAGCAUGCGUGGAGUUUGAAAGCAAAGGGCGGCCAGAAGGUUUCGAGUACACGUUCGAGAACUCCCGCAAGAACGGUGGUUUGGACAACGCUGGCAGCACGACGGGCCGAGCAUCUGGGCCUGUUGGCUCCAUCAAGUUCCUGGGCAAGAUCGUCACAUCCUGA